GAAAACAACCUUGUAAAGGGGGUUCUUGCUCAGGGAAAAGCCACUCCUGGUGCAGCCAUGGAGGGUCUGGAGCAACUUGACGUGGUGGGCAGUAUCAGCCCGGCUCUGGAGGCAACAGAGGACUUCAUCCACUGCAUGGAUAGGAUGCAAAGCCAAGGUCCACACCUGGCUCAGACGAACCACCGGCAAGCUCAAAGGCAGCCGAAGCAGCUGCAGGAUGUGUCCAGUGCUGCUCUGGGGAAGCUGAGCUCCAGCGGGGUGUGGAGUCUGCUGGCUGGUGAGCAGCCGGAGGUCGGGCCUCUGGGCCUGGCCUGGGCCGACAAUGUCAGCGUGCUUGGGCUGGGGAAGGGCUUGAGGCACGGCAAGAGAAGCCGAGCUCGGUCUACCAACGACCUGGCGGCCCAUAUCCAGGAGUGCAACAACGCUGGCAACUCCUCAUCCAAGUCGGUGUUUAAAAAGGGACACAACCGGUCCAGGUCGGAUGUCAACUACCGUCCGUCUGCGUACACCGACAACGGACUGCCCACGGUGGACUGCAACACGCUGAAGAAUAUGAUCCUCAAUCAGCAGCGAGAAGCUGAUAAAAGCAGCAGAGGCAGUGUGGUGAAGCAGGGGGAGAUGGAGCAGCGUGAGGGUCCCCGGGGCCGCUGGACACCUUGCUACGUUGAGCUGACGUCGUGUGAGCUCCGGCUCUACACCCUGGACACCAGUGCCAAUCGGCAGCUGGGCACCGCCUACUCCCUGUCGCACUGCCAGAGCGUCGUCUCACCGGCACCCUGCAGCCAGUCCGUUCAGGUCAGCCAGCCCGGCGACCAGCGCACGCUCCAGGCGGUGUUCUUCAACAGCACGCGUCUCCAGCUGAGGGCGGCGAACCAGUGGGAGGCCGUGGAGUGGAGACGGUUGAUGUGGGAGAAGGUUCAGGCAGCCAGACCUGUAAGGCAACAAAUUCAGGUGGAAAACCAACAUUUCACCAAUUUUCCCACACCCAUGUCACCCUCCUCAUCACCCUCUCCGUCUGGGCUCGACACCCGACCGGACGGCGACAGCGACACCUCAGCCUCAGGGGAGGCGUCUCUCUGUCUUCAGUCUAAUUCAGGAGGCCUGAGCAGACCCACCACUCUUCCUUUGCUCACCCAGCGCUGCCAAGAAAUCCUCAAAGCUGGACCGCUUCACCUGUUGAUGGAUCAAAACAACUGGCGGGCUUUUACCUUUAUCCUAACAAGGUCUUCCUUCCAGGCCUUUCCUACUGAAGGACGCACAUCUGUGUCCCAACCUGUCCUCCAGUACUCCUUGGCAUCCUGCUUGGCUGUGCAGCAUGACUUUGAGCCAGAGAAUGAAGCGUCACGGAUGGAUAAAGGGAAUUUUUUUCAGGCUGUUUUCUCCAAAGAGGUACUGAAACUUCAGGCAGACGAUCGUCUCAAGGCUCAAGAGUGGGUGAAGGCUCUACGGGAGGGGGUCGUCAAAGCCCAGAGGCCUGCAGAAGAAAAGACGGGAGAGUCAGGAGAAGGACCUCAAGACCUCCAAGGAGUGCUGCUUAGAUCCAAACCCACGAGAGACCGGCGGCAGAGAGAGGCCCAGCGAGCCAAACGGCAGUCCGUCACCACCAGCUUCCUCAGUAUCCUCACCUGUCUGGCUGUUGAGAAGGGGCUGACUGCUCAGAGCUUCAGGUGUGCAGGUUGUCAACAUCCAAUCGGUCUGUCCAGAGGAAAGGCCAAAGUUUGUUACUACAGUGGCUGGUACUACUGUCAGAGCUGCCAUAGGGAUAACUCUUUCCUCAUCCCAGCACGCCUGCUGCACAACUGGGACACCAGUAAGCACAAGGUGUCUAAACAGGCCAAGGAGUUCCUGGAGUUUGUGUAUGAGGAGCCGUUGCUGGAUAUCCAGCAGCUCAACCCCUGCCUGUACGAACACUGUGAACCUUUGAGCACAGUACUGCGACUCCGUCAGCAGCUCCAGUCACUCAGAGCCUACCUGUUUAGCUGCAGAGCCACCAUAGCUGAAGACCUCAGAAGAAGGAUUUUUCCAAGGGAUUACCUGCUCCAGCACAUUCACCUGUACUCCCUGGCUGAUCUGCAGCAGGUGAUUGACGGGAAGCUGGCUCCCUUCCUGUCCAAGGUGAUCAAGUUCGCCAGCUCGCACGUUUUCAGCUGCAGUUUGUGCCGAGAGAAGGGCUUCAUCUGUGAGCUGUGUCAGGACGGGCAGGUCAUCUACCCCUUCCAGGAGAACGCCACCCGCAGGUGUGACGGCUGCGGCGCCGUGUUCCACGCCGAGUGUCGUCAGAAAGCCCAGCCGUGUCCCCGCUGCGUCCGCAGAGAGCUCCACCACAAGCGGCCGUCGUCCUUCUGGUCGCCCGACGAUGACGACUCCUCCGGCUGCUUUCACCUGCCGUACCAGGACACCUGA